AAUUAAACAAUGCAAUUCCUUCAUCUUUCCAUAUGUGUCCUUAUGCUUAUUGUAUCAGUCAAGACAAAUGAUAAUAAUAACAAAAUGUGUGAAGAAUAUUUCAACAGCAUUACAGAAGCAAUCAUGUCUGGAUAAAUACCAAAUAAUUUAUCCCACUAAACAAUUCUCAGCUCUGGAAAAGGACUUUAAGAUUUAGGUUCCUAUUUGGUUUGUAGAGAUACUACUGACUUACAUUAUAUUCAUUUGAGAAUGGUAAGUGGGGGAAGACCUCUACAUAUGGGUUUUUGUUUGCCUCUAUUUUGUGAAAUGGAGUACCUUUAAAAAUACAAUGAAAUAACAAAAGAAUUUAUAAAUAAUCUUACUGUAUUUAUACAUAAUUUUUGUAGAACCUUCAAUACAAUAAGUCAAUGAUUGAAAGUGUAUCUUAUUAGGAUCCUGAAAAAAUGUAUCCAGAAUGGACAUUUGGAACAUAUUUAACUUUGGUUUUAUUAAUUAUCUUAGUAGCUUUAAAUAUUAUCGGAAGCAUCUUUUCGAUAAUAGCAGAAAACAAAAAAAAAGCUUAUGAUGAUGAUUUACAGAUAGAGAUCAAGAAGAAAGCAGCUUAGAAAAUAAAUGAAUCUAAAAUUGAAGAUUCAUCAAUACAAGAUUCCAUAAAUCAAAAUUACAAGAGAUCAGAAUUAAUUUGUAAGUAAGAUACAUAAAAUUAGAAAAUGAAAUCAUGGAGAAUUAGGAGUCUGCAUUUAUGAGUGGUAAAGGCUAAUUUGAAGAGAUUAAAUAUUAGAAAUAUAAGGAGCCAUCUUGGGAAAGAUUAGCUUUAAGUUUUUCGUUUAUUCAUAAUUAUUAAAAACUAUUUAAGAUAAAUGAACCUAAAGGUGAGAAUGCAGGUUUUGUGAUUUUUAAUGGAAUAAGAGCUUUAUCAAUAUUUUGGGUCAUUUAUGGUCAUGAUUAAUUGAUUAGAGGAUCUAAUUCUUUUAAUGUGAUAGAUAUUCCAUAUAAGAUAACUGAACCUGGAUGGGUAACAUUAACACCAGCAGCUUAUUUUGCAGUAGAUACAUUCUUUUUUGUGGGAGGUUUUUUGGCUGCUGUUUUAUUAUUAGAAAAGUUAACUAAAUUAAGAACAAUAAAAUUUUCAUUAGUUCCAGCUAUGUGGUUACAUAGAUUUUUAAGAAUAUGGCCAACAUAUGCAUUUUGUAUAUUAGUUUAUUGGCAAUUAACUGUUUAUUGGUCAGAUGGACCAAUUUGGAAUGAAUAUAUAUCAAUGACAUCUACUUGCGAUAAUUAAUGGUGGAAGAAUAUAUUAUUUAUUGAUAAUAUGUUUUCACAUGGGAAUAAUGGAUUAAACUAUUGUUUUGGUUGGGGUUGGUAUUUAUCUAAUGACUUUCAAAUAUUUCUCAUUACUCCAAUCAUUUUAAUUAUAUAUGCAAAAAAUAAAAAAAUUGGAUUAGCAUUAAUUAUUUUAUUAUUAAUAGGAAGCAUAUUUUCAGCCUACUAUAUUGCUUAUUCUCAUGAUUAUCAUUUAUAGAUAGGUACACCAAAUGCUAAACCAUAACCAGAUUAUUAAGAUGUAUUUUAUUACAAACCUUGGAUCAGAAUAUCACCUUAUUUAAUUGGAAUACUUUUUGGAUUCUUUUAUCGUAAUUACAUUAGUGGACAAAAUAAGAAAUUGGUUGAUUUGGCUUAAAAGAUUAAAGAUAGUGUAUUAAUAAGAACUCUUUUUUAUAUAGUAGGAAUUGGAUUAACUUAAACUAUUAUUUGGAUCAUUGUUCCUCUUUAAAAAGAUAUGAAUGCUUGGCCUCAAUAAGCAUAAUAUUUUUACUAAGCAUUUAAUCGAGUAUUUUUUGUCAUAGGUGUUGGAUUGUGUAUUACUCCUGCUCUUUUAGGUUGUAAAAAUGACCCAUCUAAAUUAAUGUAUUUAAUAGUAAUUAUAUAUUAGACUUGGACAUCCAUUUUGGUAACCAAUAGCAAGAAUUUCAUUCUGUAUGUAUUUAACACAUUUCAUUGUGAUUUUAUUCAUGACUUUCAGUUCAACCUAAUUAGUUUAUUAUUAAUACUCACAUAUUCUUUUUUUCACACUUACAGAUAUUGUAUAUACAAUAAUAAUAGGAGGUAUCUUAAGUUUAGCUAUUGAAGUAAAGUAUUAUUUUAAUUUAGGUACCUUGUAUGAAUUUAGAAAAGAUUCUUUUUGCUCCAAAAAAAUAGCAAGUUCCAAAAUGGAAUAGCAAUUAAGUAGGAGAGAAGAUUGAAUUGUGAAAAAUAAUAUUUGAAAUAUCAUUAAUAAUAUUCAGACA